AUGACGCUCACCACACGCCGUCCUACUACACUGGGAGAUUCGAUCAACCGUCGCGUCAUAAAUGAACAGCUCCUGACGGAUGCGGCGUUCCUGCCGAAGGAAUACACAGUCACAUUGGAGGCUGGGCGAUUUCUAUGCGCGUCAGAUGUUGGAGGUGGAUAUAGUGAUUCGCCACGGUACGGGGCUCGUUUGUCCUUUGAUAAGUCGCCGUAUCCGCCGCGGGAGGAGUGGAAGGAAACGGGUGGCGGUGUGGGUGCUAAUAGGUUCUGGGAGUGGAGGGAGUUUUGCUCAAGGAGAGUUCCUGAGAAGACGGGGUUGUUUUCGUGGAUUUUGGGGAGUUUGGAGAGUUGA